AUGGCUAGUAAAAACGCGAAGCGGCUUUUCCAGUAUAUUACGGAGCCGACAUUUCCGGUACGAAAUUAUGGAACAUCAAAACGUGUUGUGGCUGCAAAGCCUGUUGUGGACAUGGAUGGAGAUGAGAUGACUCGCAUUAUAUGGGAGAAAAUAAAAGAAAAGCUUAUUUUUCCAUAUGUUAAACUUGAUUGCUUGUACUACGACCUGGGUCUGCCCCACCGAGACGCGACCAACGAUCAGGUCACUAUUGACGCAGCGCACGCCAUCCUGAAGCACAAUGUCGGCAUCAAGUGUGCCACAAUUACGCCGGACGAGCAGAGGGUCGAAGAGUUCAAGCUGAAGAAGAUGUGGCUGAGCCCUAACGGAACCAUCCGGAACAUCCUGGGCGGCACUGUCUUCCGGGAGCCGAUUCUAUGCAAGAGUAUCCCCCGCGUCAUACCCGGCUGGACCAAAGCCAUCGUGAUCGGACGUCACGCUCACGGGGAUCAGUACAAGGCGCAGGACUUCGUCGUACCCCAGCCCGGAAAGGUCGAGCUAGUCUACACAAAAUCGGAUGGCACUACGGAGAAAUACCUGUUGUACGACUUCAAGACGCCGGGCGUUGCCUUAGGAAUGUAUAACACCGAUGAAUCUAUCGAAGCUUUCGCGCAUUCUAGUUUCCAGGUCGCCUUACAAAAGAAAUGGCCGCUCUACCUUUCCACGAAGAACACUAUCCUUAAACGUUACGAUGGUCGGUUUAAGGACAUCUUCCAGGAAAUUUAUGAGAGCACGUACAAGAGACAGUUUGAAGAUGCCAAGAUUUGGUACGAACACCGUCUUAUAGAUGAUAUGGUGGCCCAAGCGACCAAGAGUUCGGGCGGUUUCGUAUGGGCCUGCAAGAACUACGAUGGCGAUGUGCAGUCCGACAUUGUCGCCCAGGGCUACGGGUCCCUGGGCAUGAUGACGUCGGUGCUGAUGUGCCCGGACGGGCGCACCGUCGAGUCGGAGGCGGCCCAUGGCACGGUGACGCGCCACUACCGCAUGCACCAGCAGGGCAAGCCCACCUCCACCAACCCGGUGGCCUCGAUCUACGCCUGGACGAGGGGGCUCAUCCACCGCGCCAAGUUGGACAACACGCCUGAACUGGAGCGUUUUGCAUUGUCACUUGAAGAGGCUUGCACCGAAUGCAUUGAUAGUGGAAAAAUGACAAAGGACUUGGUGAUUUGUAUCCACGGCAUGGCUAACACCAAGGAAGGAAUGUACUUAAAUACAGAAGACUUUCUUCAAGCUAUAGCAGAUCAACUUGAACAUAAAUUGUCAAAG